AUGUCUGCCCACCACUACGACAGAGAGCCCGCCUACAACGGCCGCACACUCUCUGGUACUCAAUAUCACGGGGAUCGAAAUGGCAGAAUGUAUGAAGACCAGUACUAUAGGUCACGAUCAAGGGACCGAUACCGAAGGAGUCGAUCACCUCGCGCACGAUACUCAUCUCCUCCGCAUGAUCGGAACAAGUCGUCACAUAGUGGGGAUGAAUUCGCAAUCAAGGGUGCUUCCACUCGCCGAGAGAGGGACGUAGCGAUUCCACGACCAGAGAACAGAGGAUACGAGGACUACCAGCGAGGCCGAUCUCCAUCACCCCGAGGAAGAGAAAGAGCGCCAUAUCGAGACAGGGACCACGAAAGCUACAGAUCGCUCAGCUAUGACAACCGCAGCCGCAGUCGGAGGCGAAGCCGUAAUCAAAGCCGCAGCCGCAGCCAGAGCAGGGAUCGAUCACCAUACUAUGGAGGCCCACCCAGUAGGGAAGUGAUGUUGGAAGGGCUUUUGCUGGAUAUGGUAGAGGAAGACAUCUCGAAAGAGUUGAAGCAAUACCACCAUGUUGAGAGACUCGAAGACGUACGAGUUAUUCGAGACCGACAGACGAAGGCGUCCCGAGGCUUUGGCUUCAUAAGGUUCCCGGCUCUUGAAGAUUCAAAGGCUUUCGUGGAGCGCAACUACCCAAUGAUCUACCUUUUUGGUAAUGGUUCAUCAGAUAAUGACGAUCAAGCAGCCAAAGUCCGAAUAGCAUACAGCCGUGAGCGGGAUGAUCGGAGCCGCGGCGAGAAGGCGGAAGGAGAAUGGAUCUGCAAGAUUUGCACAUUUGUCAAUUUUCCGGGCCGUACGAAAUGUCACAGGUGUCAGACACCGCAGAUCGAUAUGGCUACGUUCAACCAAGCAGCAGCAGCAAAACCUCAAUACAUGAACAGUGGAGACAGCGAUGCUUCACCGAAUGGCACACCCUCGCAAUUCCUUCUCAUCCGGAACCUAGAACCUACAGUGACGGAAGAUCUCCUCGCGAAAGGCGUGACCAAACUAUACAAGCCAGGCAGACGCUCAUCACCGCCUGCCGCUACGGCAUCGAAGAAGAACAAUGCCAAAGUCGCAUCGACUACUGGCGACGCAAAUCUCGGUGCUAAGGAGGGAAGCCUUAGAAGGAUACUACUCGUCCGGGAUAGGCGGAACAACGAAAGCUGGCGCUAUGGGUUUGCUGAGUUUGCUACGAUUGAGGAUGCACAAGCCGCCCUGACUCGCUAUAAAUCGUUCGAAAAGUUCACAAUUUCCUCGAAGCCUGUCACUGCUGAUUAUGUACAUGCUGGUGUAUUCAUUCCUAUCUUCAAUACAUCCAAAGAGACAGAGCGCUUUACAUUCAGUCCACUGGGGAACACAGCUACCAAGCUUGCUUACUGGGAUGAAGACGCUUGGGCCAGUGAACUUGCUGUAUCCACCGGCUCGCCAAAAUUGGGUUCAGCAGCGGGUGAAGGUCAAGUUCGAUCUGCUGCCGACCAAGCAGCGGCAGCGGCUGAGAACGAAGGUCUUUUGAGGCCUGGAAAUGAGGCCGACACUAGGAUGAAGAAGAGGAAAGCAGAGGCCAACGCUACAGCCAAACAGAAAAAGACUGCACCUGCGCAUCUGCAAUUCUGGAGUAACCGCCAUGCAGAGCUUCAUGGCGUGAAACCGGAUAUAUCCACGGAGAAUGGGCACGAAAGUAAAGAAAUGUCAGAGGUGAAGGAAGAGGUGAAGGAAACAAACGCUCUUCCGCAAACCUACGCCAACUUGGCCAAGAAAUGCUGCUAUCUAUGCUCCCGCCAAUUUAAGACCGAAGCUGAGGUAAACCAGCAUGAGCGUGUCAGCGAUCUUCACCAAAGUAAACUCAAGGACGCAGACCUGGUAGCAAAGGCUCAGAGCAAGAUGAUCAAAGCAGGCAUUCCAUUGACAGCGGUUUCUGAAGACUCUUCAGAGUACCGUGAUCGAGCUAGGGAAAGACGUGCUGCUUUCGGCGCUGGCAAGAAAAUCUCACUUCCGCUUAAAAAAUCAGCAACUCAACCAGACGAAGAGACAAAAGACGAGCCGGCUCCAGCGCCAUCGAGGGGCGCUUCCUUGCUAGGAAAGAUGGGUUGGUCUGCGGGUGAAGGUCUUGGAGCUCAGGGGACAGGGAUGACGGCACCGAUAGCUACUGAUAUGUAUGUGCAAGGAGUUGGGUUGGGGGCUCAAGGGGGGAAAAUCGGCGAUGCGUCUGAGGAGGCAGAGAGGAAUACGAAAGGAGGUUACGGGGACUUCUUGGAGAGGACGAAGGAUAAGGCGAAGGAGAGGUUUGAGAGGAUGGCUUGA